UACUGAUUGGUGUAUAGCUGUGCUCUGCGGUAAGAGUUUACUGAUAAACUAAAAAAGAACUGAUAAAAAGGAAGUUGGCAAAGACAGUUCUGAAGAGAGAUUAGGCAGAGACAUUGCUCAACGACAUGGUUUGACGUAUGCAAAUGCAAUGAUGAGUAACUGCCAGAUGGACAACACCAGCUUGCAGGUUCCGCUGGCUGUUUUGUACGCACUCUUCUUUCUGUUCGGGUUGCCUGGGAACCUGUUGGCUCUUUGGGUCUUUCUGCGAGUACAUACAAAGAAAAACUCUGUUCGCAUUUUCCUCAUUAACUUGGCUCUGGCUGACUUACUUCUUGUGAUCUGCCUGCCUUUCCGAGUGGUGUACCACUCAAACCAUGACCAUUGGGUGUUGCCAUCAUUAAUGUGCAGGAUAGUGGGUAACAUAUUUUACAUGAACAUGUACAUUAGUAUAGUCUUACUGGGUUUCAUAAGUGUAGACCGUUACUUGAAAUUCCAGAGGGCAUCCUGUAGGCGGCUGUUUCUGCAGAGCCGGUGGAGUGUGCUUCUCUGCUGUGUCAUCUGGACUACAUCAUUUGCUGCAGUUAUGGCAUUUAUUGUCCAGAAUCCAGAGACUGGUGAAUCCCAACAGUGCUUCCAGUACAAAAAACUGAAUAAAUCCAAAUGGAAAGCCUAUUUCAACUUUGCCAUCGUUGGUAUGUUUUGGGUGGUCUAUGGUGCAUUGGUAAUCUCCUACGGAAGGAUCGGAAUGAAGCUCCUUACAGCCUCCAGAGAGAAACCAGAUUUCCCAAAUGCAGCCAAGUACAACAAAACAGCAUGGAAAUCCUUCUUUGUACUCUUCCUCUUCACAAUAUGUUUUGUGCCCUACCACUCUGUGAGGAUUUUCUAUAUCAUGUCACAGAUGGCAAAUGACACUUCUUGCGAUAGGAUAAAUCUGUUGGAUAAAACCAAUGAAGUAGUUCUGCUACUAUCUGCCCUUAAUAGCUGUCUGGAUCCAGUCAUGUACUUUUUGUUGUGCAGUUCUAUUCGCAAAGUGAUGCUGAAAAUCAUCUGUAAUGGCUUCUGUCAGCAAACCACCAGAGGACUGAUGAGUUCUAGUGAGACUCCACAAGAACAGCAAAAAAUCAGUGUAGUUGUGCCUAUGACAGACACUCAGGACGUCAGAACAUCAAAAACAACAAAGACGGAUAAUGUGGUCCAAUGAGUUCAUUAAACAUAUAAACCAUGUCCAAAGGCACAGCAAAGUAAAAGGAAAUCUAGUUCAAUCAGGGUUCCCACACCUUGGUUAACUUUAAAAUCAAGGACCUUUCAAGGACUUUCCAGGUCCAAUACCCUCAAAUUCAAGGACUUAAUGUGGGGACACAUUUCAAGUGAGAGCAAGGUUACAUUGUGUUACCAUGUAAGAUACAAUGUUACAGUUUUCAUGUGUCUAACACAACUAUGCAAAAAAGCUUCUCUUUUUUUUGCCAUUAAUUUUUGGCAAUAUGACAGAGAUCUGAUAUUCUAUUUGUCGUAUUACUGUUUUGCAUUAAACUGAAGAAUAUUCGGUGCAUCCUAUACUGUAUUCUAAAAUGAUCUGAACUUUCGCAUGAAUUUUAUUGAAAAGAGCAUGUAACCAGAAGUUUUAAAAUAUAUGAGUUUCUGCUUUUAA